AUGCCGCGUCUUCCCAUACCUCGCAGCCUCGCGGAGCUUCCUCUGUCGAAGACACUGCCAGCAGCCGCAGCAGCACUCGCCUACCUCAAUGGCAAAUACACCCUGACCAAGGAUGUCUGGGGCAUAACAAAUGCGUUGCGAUUCGCAGCCUAUCAUGGCAGACUCGAGAAGCAGGAUCGCAUCAACCAGUUCUACCGCUUCGAAGAAUGGGCGACAAACCCGAAGAGCGCUGGCAGAGUGUUCCUGGCCGUGCCGCAAGAUGAAGCGCAUCCUGGCGCUCGCACAGAGUGGACCUACGCCGAAGCGUACGACAUUGUGUUGAAGUAUGCCCGGUGGCUGAAGGAAGAGCUUGGAGUCAAGCGAGGCGAGAUCAUUGCCAUGGACUUCAAGAACAAGCCGCAAUUCAUCUGGAUGUGGUUCGCGCUGUGGUCACUCGGCGCCAUGCCAGCCUUUCUCAACAGCAAUCUUCGAGACAACGCCUUCGUCCACUGUGUCAAAAUAUCCACAACCCGACUCCUCAUCCUGGACCAUGAGCUGCAAGAAGCUCUCACAGACGAGGCGAAGGCACAAUUCGGCGCAGACGAGAAGGGUCGGGCUAUUGAUUCUGUCAUUCUAGACGAGAAGCUCGAGUCCCGCAUCACGAGUCUAUCUCCAUACAGAGCGGCGGACGAAGAGCGAUCUGGAGCUACAGCAACAUCGCCGGCAAUCCUCAUCUACACGAGCGGCACUACUGGACUUCCCAAGGCUGCCAAUGUGUCUUGGACAAAGCCGAUAUCUGGAGAGUUCUUCUUCUCCAGGAUUCUGGGUCUGACAGCUGAGGAUCGUUACUUCACCGCAAUGCCCUUGUACCACUCCUCUGCAUCCAUUCUGGGUGUUUCGCAGGUAUUUGGACCAGGAUGUACAAUAGUGGUCGGGCCCAAGUUCUCUCCUCGCAGCCAGAUGAAGUUGGCGACCGAGACCAAAGCCACCGUGAUGCAAUACAUUGGGGAGAUGUGCCGCUAUCUCGUCACCAGUCCGCCUUCGCCAUACGAUCGUGCUCACAACCUCCGGCUUGCUUUCGGUAAUGGCAUGCGGCCGGAUGUAUGGCAGAAGUUCAAGGACCGAUUCGGGAUCCAGACGGUCGUCGAAUUCUACGGCGCGACAGAGGGACCUGGAGUAUCGUUUGUCUACAGCAACAACGACUUCACCCGAGGAGCCAUCGGACAGCAAGGUCUAAUCUCGAGAACAAUCUUCGGCGCCAACCAAGUCCUCGUGAAGCACGACCACGAGACAGACCUACCAUACAGAGACCCCAAGACCGGCUUCUGCACCAAGGUCAAAUCCAACGAAGUGGGCGAGCUGAUCUACCCACUUGACCCCGCGAACAUCAACGACAAGUUCCAAGGCUACUACGGCAACGACAAGGCAACCACCGGCAAGAUCAUCUCGGACAUUUUCCAGAAGGGCGACGUAUACUACCGAAGUGGCGACCUCCAACGACGCGAUGAAGAUGGGAGAUGGUGGUUCGUGGACCGUAUCGGUGAUACCUACCGCUGGAAGGGCGAGAACGUAAGCACAGCCGAAGUAUCCGAAGCCCUAGGCUCCCACUCCGCUCUCCAAGAGGCCAACGUCUACGGCGUCCAACUCCCCAACCACGACGGCCGCGCCGGCUGCGCCGCCAUCGGUCUACCCGAAGGCCGAACUCUCGACGACGCCCUCGCUACCGAGCUCGCAUCGCACACCCGAAAGCGACUCCCACGCUACGCCGUGCCACUCUUCUUGCGGGUCCUGAGAGAGUUUGAAGUCACAGGCACGCUAAAGCACCAAAAGGUCAGCCUUCGAAACGAGGGCGUUGACCCAUCCAAGACUGGUGACGAUAUCCUUUUCUGGCUCCCGCCGAAUUCGGAUCGAUAUGUCAAGUUUGGCAAGAAUGAUUGGGAGCGCAUUGCUGGGGGGAGCGCGAAGCUUUGA